CUUCCUUUUCUACCCAUGUGUUAUUCCCCAUCUUCACAGCAGACAGAAGGCAGAUGCCUCUGUGUCAGGCAGGCAUGAAGGCAGUUGCUGUAACUUUCUGUGUCCUCUGCUUUCAGUUUGAAGCCCUGUAUGGAGUUGACAGCUGCUCAUCAUGUGCAUGCAAAAAUAUAGAUCAGGCCCAUAUCUCUGACGCCGACGUGAUGGUGGAAUUUGAAAAUGGAAACUUCCAUUUCACAUUCCCCAACCCCAAAAAUGUGAGUGAAUUCAGCAUGACCCUCUUCAAAGGGAGUGAAAAGACGAAAAUCUGUGCACUUCAUUUGAGCAAGGAGAAAGUUAUCUCCGAGAGUAAUGUCACCUACUGUCAGACACAGAAUUCAAGUAACAGCACCACUUUCAUUCUUAAAAAUCUGGAAAGAAAACAUAUGGACGUUUACACAUACUGUCUGGAGAUAUUCUUACCCCCUCCUUACAUAGAGUGCUGUCUGAAAGAAACCUACUUGUACCUCCAAGAUAAGGAGGACUGCUUUUCACUCGGGCUUGUGCCAUUGGUUAUUAUCAGCAUGAUCAUUUUUGCCAUUUCCUGUGUCUGCUGUGUUGUGGCCUGUUGCUUAAGGAACAAGAAUCAGAAGUGUGAAUCCAACUCCCAUGAGUACAACAGUGAAUACAUGCCCAUGGCAGCAGUGAACGCAGCUAAAAAACCAAGAAUCUGAGGUAUAAGUUGCUUGUGGCAUGGAAAUUUUGGAAGCAGUUUUCCAGCUGCUUGAACUUGGACAAUGGGAAAUCAGCAUUUCCCCACCUCUCCCAACCUCCCUGAGCUCUAAUGAUGGCCCUGUGCUCAGUCAUGUGACACCCAUAUAGCACUGUUCUGAGCUGUGUUUGCUCUAGCCUUGUUUGUGAACUGGCACCCUGCCUGAUCCACUGACUUACGGACAUGAAAAUAAUAACAAGUUAAAGAUGUCAGCUUUUAGUUGAAGAAAAUGUAAGAUUCCUGUAGUACUGCUACAGAAAGGACUUUUAUUUUGUAGUCUCCUUUAUGAUAAACUUUCCAGUGGAGACAAAAAAAAGACUACCUCCAAAGCCAGCCCUUGUGGUACAGCCAUACUGCCAUGUAUUGCACACACUCUUUUGUUAGGGUUAGUUUAGCAAGGGAACAAAACCUGAGACUACAGCAGAGACUUCUCUGUGACACUCUGCCUCAGCUAUGUGCAUCUGCUUUUUUUGUAUUUGUGCUGUCAAUACACCUUUGCCAUUCACACCUUCCCCUUAUUUAAAGAAAUCCUGAAUGCUUUUACUAACAGGAAUAUAGUA